AUGGGUCCUGGUCUGGCCUACUUGGAUGAAUAUUCACCACACACAACAACAACAAGUGACCUUCACCCGCUCUUCUUCCGGUAUGGCAAGGUUGCAGUAUGUGACAUUGUCAAGAAUUUUGACUUUGUGCACAUGGAUGACAAAGCUGAGGCGGAGGAAGCCAUACGCAGCCUCCACCAAUACGAGCUGAAUGGUCAGCCCAUGGACGUAGAACUAAGUCGGGGCAAAUCCAGAGCUUCGACCAAGCGACAUGUUGGCAACAUUGCUCGCACCAACCAAGCGCUGCAGGACUACGCCUUUGUUGACAUGGAGCGAGUGGAGGAUGCCAGUGUGGACAACACAGCCUUCAAAGGCAAGCUGAUGAACGCACAGCAGUCCACCAGUCUGCGUUGCACUGCCCUGGGAAUGGGAGAUCAACCCGGCAGGAGACGGGGUCACUGGUUGAUGGGCUGUCCAGUCGGUUGGAACUGUAGCCACGGUGACCGCAUGAUGAGUUGCAGCAACCGGGUCCUCCCACGGGCCCCCCCAGGUUAUGGCAGGGGCGGCUACGGAAGGGCCAGGGCUCCAGCAUCUGAUUACAUUGGUGGCUCUGCGUGUCGCCAAGCUCCUGAUAUGAGAGUGCUGGCCCCACCUGCUACCAAUUGGUUUUUGAUGAGGUAUAGGCACGCAAGAAGAGUAGCAGUCCCCUGUAUGGCGAGGUCAUCAGCUUAUGAUCGUGACCGCUAUAGUAGUUUUGCCUCUUACAAGAAGUACAGAGCACGUCCUUAUGAUUCAAGAUAUUUCCAGAAACGCCGUCGCUUCCAUUUCCCCCCACCCCCUCCCCCACCCUCUUCCCCUUCUUCCUCCCCUUCAAGGCUCUCCUCCAGCAUAGCUCCGUAUGACCGUCAGACACUGCCCUCAACUUCAUCGGCCUCAGCUGCAGCCGCUAACGAUGCUCGGGACGGCAGCCCAGUCAGACGAGGGCCAGUCACCUCGGCAAGCCAAACCUAUGAGCACCCACCCAACUCGUCCGUGUCUGGCUCCAGAAUUUCAUCCUAUGCUGCCCUGCGAGCCUAUCUGUUCGAAUGA